AUGAGCACCUCUGACGAUUCGUUCCAGCUGUACGAUCUACGAGUAGAAGUUGUAUGUCCUCCUGGGGAAAGAAUUCUCUGUGGUGCGAAGCAAGGCGAUCACUUCAUACUACAAGGAGAGAUGCUCCAUCUGCCUCCUGGUCAAGGAUUCUCUAUCUACUCACUGGCGGCGGUGCUCCCACUUUUGGCAGCGAAACAGAGGGCGACUCAUCCUAACGAUUGGAUGACCACCGAUGGAGAGAUCGCAUGCCCUGAUCCUCACUGCAAGUCACGCUUGAAAAUAGAGAGGAUUGGGCUGCGCACGUUCAGACAUUCGGAGGUCACCGUUGUUCCCCUUGAUAAGACAGCUUGA